AUGGCUUACAUUACUAUAAAGAGUCUUGACGAAUUUAAUGCACAAUUAGAAGAAGCUGGGGACCAGCUGGUGGUAGUUGAUUUUUGGGCUGAGUGGUGUGGUCCGUGCAAAUUUAUUGCUCCAAAAUUCGAAGAAUUUUCAACAAAAUACACAAAUGUUAAAUUCCUUAAAGUUAACACUGACGACCAAUCGGAAAUCGCCGGACAACAAAGUAUCACAUCUCUUCCCACUUUUCGGUUUUUCAAGAAUUGUAAACGUUGUGAUGAUGUCAUCGGUGCUAAUGCUACUAAAUUAGAAGAAAAAAUUCAAGAACUUUCUAACUAA